GCAAAACAAGCCACUUCCUUACUGCUCAUGUGAUCUGUGUUUUUGCCGUCAAAGAGAAGGUUUGACAGUUUGGGAAUUUUUAGACUGUAUAUUUUAACGUUGAGCUUUUAACAUUAUAUUAUAGAUUCUUGCGGAGUUAACUACUGAGAGCAAAUCAUGUCCAGCAGGUACCGGAUAGUGGUGCAGGGCGAGGCCUCUGAGACUGACUCUGACGAUGAGGUCUACAUCACCUCCAUGCCUGCUCCCCAAACUGCCACAGUCGGAGCCAAGGUUCCUGGGGAGGCGUCUGAAACAGACAGUGAGGGUGAGGAGGAGCAGGCGGACCAAGCCUCUUCACUGAGCCUGGAGAGCGCCCAGAUACUCAGGAGAGACCUGCCUCCUCUUAUUGUAGUUAAAGACCAUCCUGAUAUACAGUCGAUAGUGGAAGACAAGCCAAGCCCCCCACACAGGCCACAUGGUGACACCCUUUUACAACAGAAGCUGCAGGAGUCUAACAGCCGGCUAUAUUCUGACGUGGUACAGACAGUACGGCAGGUUUAUGGCAGUGCCAGCAGAGAGGUGCACAGUGCAACAGCUCAGCUGAAUAAUUCGCAGAGCGCCAUCAUCAAUGCCUCCCACAGCAUCAGAUUAAUCCUGGAGGACCUGAAGGCUGUGUCCGAGAAGAUUGACAUCAUCACCAGCUGUCAAAUACUGCCUGAUAUUAACAUCAAUAAUCCAAAUAAUUAUACUGCUCCUGUACCUUAAAGAAACAAACCAAUAUAUAGUUUUAUUAUAUUCAAAUCAUAAUGAUGUUUUAACAUCUUUAUGGGUAUAUUUUCAAUGAAUAUGAAAGAGAGUGGGAUUCACCCUGGAAAAAAUAGCAUGUUGGCCUUACUUCAGUGUUUACAAACAAUGCCUUUGCUUAUGAACAAAUACAUCUCAUUUUUUGAGAUACACUUUAUAUAGCAAUAUAUUGACAAUAUCCAUUUUUUCCUGCAGUUCUUUGUAAAUAUUAAUGUAAUUCAACAUAAUCCCUUAAACCACUGUACACUGAUUUUUAUAAGGCAUAUCCUUGUCUCUCUUUGCUGUUUUCUGGUCCUCUGUGAUAGGUCAAGCAGGCAGACUUGUUUCUCAUGCUAUAAUUCAAACUUUUGUUUCUUUUUUCCUGUCUGUUAAAAUUGUAAAAUAAAUGUAACUCAACAAUAUAAA